CAUAUAAAAGGUCAAGGAGGUGACUACUUAUGAAAACCACUGUAUUCAGGAAGAAAAUCAGGAAGUGAGAAAUGGUAUAAAUACAGGAGUUCCAUGUAACAAUGUGAUCUUGUCAACACGUUCUUACAGUAUGCCUAUGUUACAGGUUGCUGGUAUGGCUGAAAAGCCCUCAGAGCCAGGGUCGGUCUCCAUUCCCAUGGAAGUGACCAAGCGGACGGAAGGAGCCCCUCCGGAUGCAGCCAUGUUGACCCACCUGAAGAAAGUGGAGAACCAUAUCACAGAGGCGCAGAGGUUUUCACACCUGCCCCGGCGCUCGGCUGUAGACCUGGAGUUCACCGAGCUUUCCUACACUAUUCAUGAGGGUCCCUGCUGGAAGAGGAGAGGAUGUAAGGCUCUCCUGAAAUGUUUGUCAGGGAGGUUUUGCAGCCGAGAGCUCAUCGGGAUUAUGGGGCCUUCUGGGGCCGGCAAGUCGACCCUCAUGAAUAUUCUUGCUGGGUACAGGGAGACUGGCAUGGAGGGUCAGAUCCUGGUAAAUGGGCGACCGCGUGACCUCCGCACCUUCAGGAAGAUGUCCUGUUACAUUAUGCAGGAUGACAUGCUGCUGCCGCACCUCACCACACGGGAGGCUAUGAUGGUUUCAGCCAACCUUAAGCUAAAUGAGAACAUGGAAGUGAAGAAGGAACUGGUGAAUGAGAUCCUCACUGCUCUAGGCCUGCAGGAGAGUGCACAGACUCGUACACAAGCUCUCUCCGGAGGUCAGCGUAAACGAUUGGCUAUUGCACUGGAGCUGGUCAAUAACCCCCCUGUCAUGUUCUUCGAUGAGCCAACCAGUGGUCUAGACAGUUCAUCCUGUUACCAGGUGGUUUCUCUAAUGAGGUCUCUUGCGCUGGGUGGAAGAACCAUCAUCUGUACCAUCCACCAGCCCAGUGCUAAACUCUUUGAGAUGUUUGACAAGCUGUAUAUUCUGAGUCAGGGGCAGUGCAUAUAUAAGGGCACAGUCCCAUACCUCAUCCCCUAUCUGAAGAACCUUGGUCUCCACUGUCCUACUUACCAUAAUCCUGCUGACUUCAUAAUCGAGGUGGCAUCAGGAGAGUACGGGGAUUUGAAUCCUGUGCUCUUCGAGGCAGUGCAGGGUGGCAUGUGUUCAGAGGGUGACAAGAAGAACUCUAGUGACAAGAGUGAUCCCACAUCGUCCUGCCCAUCUCAGAGCUACAAUGAUUCAGGACCCAUUGAAAAACAUACUUUUGCUACCAGCACACUCACACAGUUCUGCAUUCUUUUCAAAAGAAGCUUCGUCACUAUAUGCAGAGACACGGUGUUGACCCACCUGAGGGUGAUGUCGCACUUGUGUAUUGGAGUUCUGAUUGGUCUGCUGUACCUGAACAUCGGCAACGAUGCCAGCAAAGUGUUCAACAACACUGGAUUCCUCUUCUUCUCCAUGCUUUUCCUCAUGUUUGGUGCAUUAAUGCCCACUGUCCUCACUUUUCCUCUGGAGAUGGCAGUGUUUAUAAGGGAGCAUCUGAACUACUGGUACAGUUUAAAGGCCUACUACCUAGCAAAGACCGUUUCUGACAUUCCAUUCCAGAUUUUAUGUCCCAUACUGUACUGUAGUAUAGUCUAUUGGAUGACAGAGCAGCCUCCAGAAGCGUUCCGAUAUGUGCUUUUUAUGGCUCUGUCUACCUCCACUGCCCUCGUGGCUCAGUCUCUGGGCCUCCUCAUUGGAGCUGCUUCCACCUCUCUGCAGGUGGCCACAUUUAUAGGGCCAGUGACAGCCAUUCCAGUCUUACUUUUCUCUGGCUUCUUUGUCAACUUCGACACCAUUCCAAAAUACCUACAGUGGAGCUCCUAUGUCUCCUAUGUCAGGUAUGGCUUUGAGGGUGUGAUCCUAUCCAUUUAUGGUAUGAACCGAACGGACUUGGAGUGCCCUGGCAUUGUCUGUAAGUUCCAGAAGCCUGAGGAGGUGUUGCAGCUGCUGGACGUAGAAGAUGCAAAGCUGUACCUGGACUUCAUAGUCUUAGGGAUUUUCUUCCUCAUUCUUCGGUUAUGCACUUAUCUAGUGCUGCGAUACAAAGUCAAGUCCGAACGUUAGGGUUUGACAUCAGCUACUACACUUGUUUUAGUUUGUACAAACAUGCACAUUGACAUUAUGUUUUGGAUCACAAUUAUGCUGUGGAGGCAAACCUGUGCAAUGUUCACCAAAUUCUUCAUUCAAUGCAAAUGGGUUGUUUUUUCUGCACAUUGAUAUUCCUUUUAAGAUUUUUUUCAAUUAUUAUUCUUAUUGAUUCAGUUUCUUUCAAUUAGAUAAUCAAGUAUGACAGCACAGGCUCAAUUGGGAACUUGGUGGCUUUUAUGUUUACUUUUUUGUUUUUCCAGUCUUAUUCAUGCAGAGUUCUUGUAUUAGAUACAGUAUAAAAUGAUGACCAAACUCUUAUUAUAAAUAAGAAGCAUGACGAUUGGUGAAUGAAGCUGGAGCUACAGAACAGCAUCUGUCCCAACUGACAAUCGCUCACUUGCCCUGUAUGUUGUGGACUCUCCUAAUGUGAACAGGCUUAAAUAUGUACUAGACAGUAUAUGAGCAAGUGCCUGUCAAACAGCCACCAUUCUCCUGAAUAUUUUUCUGUUGUUUCCAAAUUGUACUUUUGGAGUAACUGCGUACAUGCAGGAACUGAUUUCAUAUUACAAACGCAAGCAGAGUUGUCUUUAUUGCCCUUGGUCUAGAAAUUUCAACUAUGUUCUUCCUUGGACACGUAAAGCAGCACUAUCUCACCUUAACCUACUGAAGUACAUCUAAUAAAACAUGGGACAAUUGAUCUCCAUUAGAUAGAUCUGAGGAACUACAGCAAGUGCUUUUCAUCCGAGAUACCUUAGAAUGGGAUGAACUAAAAUCAAUAACAAAAGUUUUGUUCGUCAUGUGGCCCUCUCACGUUUUUUGACUUCUGAUCUUUUACUUCAAUUUCCAAGACUGAAGAACAUAGGGUGAUCUUGUGGUUUUUAAAUUUUUUCCCAUAAGUUCUUCUUGAUGGAUUACUGGACACUGUGUAUGAUGUCUGUUUUAUUAAGAAAAAUGUGACACCGCUGCCUACACUGAACAUGAUGCUAAAGAAAUGAUUGUCGGAUGGGAAAUUUGGAAUACAAUGUAAAGAACUUUUCCUUAAUUUAGGAAAAAGAAACCAGAAUUUCAGUGGAAACAUCUUGUCCGUUUAGGAGUAGCUACUGUUAGCUUUCCUCUCUGGAUAGAAGAAAUGGAAGAGGAAACAGUGCAUUCCCAACCUUUUCUUCAGUAUAUGCGUAAAUGUGUGUCCUGCUGGAGUUGGGAUUCCUGAAUCUGCUUUAUGUGAAACUGUUUGCCCGACUCUCAUAGCAGGAGAUCAUGUAAACUUCAGUAUCAUUUCUGCCAUCAGCUCUACUGUCAGCUCACCAAACUGUGAGUGUGUGUUAUCAAAAUGCUGGAUGGACAGUCUAGGCCACCUUAUGGCUUAUUGUAUACUGCUUGAUGGACCUUAAUUCCUAUUUAUGAGCACUUCCCUGUACACUUAAGUGUAACUGCUUACUUUAUUCAGCCUCUUCAAUACUGCAAUGCAAUGCAAACGUCUUACUUGAUGAUGGACACAACGUGGCUCUGAUUCAUGCUAUGUGUUAUGUCUGCUAAUAUACGUAAUUAUAAUAACCUGAGUAUAUAUACACAACAAAUGUAGAUGUGCAAUGCUGAUCUUUUAAUUUGAGAUUAAUUUGUAUUUAGUUUUAUUUUUAUAUGACUAUGAUGUGCAGUGCUAGAGAUGGAUGUGAAAAUGUAACACGCAUGGUGACUUCAGAAUCAAAUACAUAUAGGAAUUCAUGUUACUCAUGAAUUAUUUCCACACCUAUAUACUUAAUGCUUUUCUUUUUUUUUCUUUUUUUUUUACUAACUAGACUGUUCAAUUUUUUUUGGUUGUUUGUAUAUUUGUUUUAACCAUAUUUUAAUCAGAGUAUCCUGUCAUUUCCAUUCGUAAAUUGGAUAUACUGAAACAAGUGGUAUAAAAAAAAAUCAAAAGUCGACAAACAGGAAUGAGACAACAUCACCAUAACUGCUAGCACUGAGUUCUGCUGAACUAACACAUAUUACUUACUGUAAAGUGAUGAUUACUCUUGUCCUAGUACAAUCCCUACAUGGUGCUGCCUCAAACACAGCUUUAAGGAUAGACUCUGAGGGCCAGUGUGCAAUAAAAGUGUGAGGCUACAUUUGCAUAAUGUAUCCUGAAGACUUCAAGGCCAGAGUGCACAUGCAAGAUUAGGUUUGCCUUUUUUUUUGUCAUAUAGUGUUGACUGAGAAUGGCCAGGUCUGAAUGGAAAUGAUGCAACCUGAUAGCAACCUGGUAUUUGUAAAAUCAGUGCUCAUUAUUGUAAGGGUGCUAGUCAACUAACAGCUUACUCUCUUCCCUAUUCUUUAGUGUUAACAGGCAAAAGUGGUCCCUCAUUGGAAAUGUAGUAAGAGAUUACAGAAAACAGUGUUUAAUGUCUCUGUAGAAUAGAGAGUUGGGUUGAACCUGACUCUAAUAGCAAUAGUAUUGUUCUGUGCCUGGUGCGUGUUAUAUCUUCUUCUCCAAUAUAUCACGGAAUUUCCGGUGAGUGUCUGCCAUUUCUAUAUGACAAAACAUUGUAUUUCAACUUCUGCAAUGUCAUACACACAUUAUGUCCCAUAACAGGUUCAUAACAAGCGAUGCCUUCAUGACAUAAUUUCUCAUGGGUCAAUCAUAUCAUAUGUCUGGGCAAAUACAUUGUUAAUGACACAUUUAUUUUCUGUUCUUCAUCAGUGCCACUUUUGUUUUUGCAAAUGCAGUAUGCAUGCCAUGAAAACUGUAUACAAUGUACUUAAAAAUGCUCUUCAGUCAGAAAAAGAUAUGAUCCUGACCACUGAAAUAUCAGGGAAAAUAAUUGUAUUUUGAUUUCAGAGCCAUUCUGGUUUGGGAUGGCUUGCAAAGCUGAGUGUGAAAACAGCAUGCACAGAGAAGAUUUCCCACAUUUGUUUCUCAGUUCUUUAUCUUUAUCUUUGUGUUAUUCUAUGUUUGUCUCAUCAGAAAUGCAAGUUAUAUAUACUGGACUCUGUUCAAAUUAUUACAAUAAAUGCAUUUAUAUAUUAUUUA